AUGCGCGAUCAUCAGUUGCAAUCCCCGCGAGAUCCGCUGAAGACUGCGAUCGCCGAAGAGAGUAUAAAAUCUUACGAUCACCAAUCGAUCGCCAGCAGUCUUCGCGUGGAGAUGAAUCCGAUAACUGUUGUUCUGUCCGGUCUGCUGUUGGCUUCGGCUGUGGCCGCCGGGUCUAACAACGCCGCGCGUCGUCGCAAUCCCUACUCAUCGGGUUCCGAUUCCUCAGAGGAGUACAACCGUUACUCGGGAUCUAUGUACCGUCCGCAGCAGCAGCAGCAACAACAGGGAAAGUACGCAAACCAAGCUGUCUAUGGUAACUUCCCGGUGACGUUCGAUGCCCGUGACUACUGGGCUCAGUGUCCCAGCGUGGGACGCGUUCCGGACCAGGGAUGUUGUGAUUCCAGCUAUGCGUUGGUGCCGACAGCUGUGAUGACCGAUCGUACCUGCAUUGCGACCAACAGCUCCAAUAUGGUCUUCAGUGCGUUCGAUGUGAUCAGCUGUUGUGCGGAUUGCCCGAUCUAUCAGAAGGACAAGUGUCGCGGUGGAGAUCCUGUUGCGGUUUGGAAGUACUGGAAUAAGGUCGGCAUCGUGAACGAGGAUUGUCUGCCGUAUACGUUCACCAACUCCUGCAUUGGACAGGAUUGUCCGAUUCGUUGCGUUCCUGGAGCAUCUGGUACCGUUGCUUUCAACAAGAAGAAGGGACUGGAAUACUACACAGUGAUGCCUAACGUACAGCAAAUCCAGAAUGAAAUUUUCAAAAAUGGACCUGUUGAAGCAAGCAUCGAUAUGUUCUUGGACUUUGCGACCUUCAGUGGCGAAGGGGUGUACAUCCACCGAAAUGGGCCGUACCUGAACAAGCACUCCGUCAAGAUUAUUGGCUGGGGAAAUUACAACGAGACCCCGUACUGGUUGAUCGUGAACACCUUUGGCCAUGGCUGGGGUGAUGAAGGAAUCGCCAAGAUUCUGCGUGGCCAAAACCAUUUGAACAUUGAGACCAGUGUACGCGCUGCUAUGCCCAACUACUAAUACGACCCGCCUGCGACGGGGGUCGGUUUGGGCAGAAAUAAAAAAGUGAAGCAGUAAUAAAAAGCAAUUGUUUUACUCAAAUUCAGCGUUGAAAGAAUUCUUUACGAAAGAAGUGAUAAAUAAAUUCAAAG